AUGAGUGCAGACGCUGAAAUGCGAAGUGCAGAGUCCGAUACCAACCAAGAGGAAGUCGAGGAAAGGGCUGUCCCUACUCAAAGCCGGAGGGCAGAGAAGCAAGUACCAGGUGUCUCCUCAAAAGGGAAAAAUCCAAUAGCCCAGGCAGCAGCUGCUGAGCCUGAAAUCCAGGAGGAAAGAGGAGCCCCAGGGAGCUGCUGCAAACCCUGGCCCAGCACCUUGGCAAAAGCCCGAUGUGUUUCUUACCAUUCUAAAAUCUUCAUUGGGCCCAAGAAAAGCAGGAGAAAGUAUGACCGUAAAGGCAGGCUGAUCUGUAAUGGUAUCAAUUUGUGUGAUUGCCUGCAGGUUGAUUGUGUUGGCUGCGUCUACCCAUGCCCCAGGUUGCAACUCCCAGAAAAUGCCAGUCAAGUGCCAGCCAGAUUCGCACAGUGGGUUUACCACGAAGGUGGAGGAUGA